UAUCUCCAAAUAACUUAUUGCCUCCGUUUAAAUGGGAACAGCGUUCAUGUUCGUAUGCUUUCGAAUUAAUAUCUUAAUGUUAUCUUAAACACAAAAGUUUCAUCUACCAUAAUAAACGAACACUAAUCAGAUAUGGGCGAGUACAUGGACUUUGGACUGUUGUAUUUACUCACACAACGGUUUUAUUUGAUCUGCUAUCGGUAUAUCUUACAUUUGUGUUCUAAUAUAUUGUGUUGGAAGUAUCCAAACAUUGUCGAGAACAAAGUACCUACUAGAAAAAAUAGCAGCGAUGAACGUCAGGCAAGAAAUCAACAAAAUUGUGAGCAAUUGCUGAAAAAAGCUCAGUCAGAAAUCGAUAUACUUCGUAGUGAAAAACAGGUGUUGGAAAGUGAAAAACAAGAUGCCUUAAGCAGAGAUCAAAACCAUACAAGAGUGCAACAACAAUUGGAAGAUUUGCUGAAAAAAGCUCAGUCGGAAAUCGAUAGAUUGCAUGCUGAAAAACAGGUGUUGGAAAGUGAAAAACAAGAUGCCUUAAACAGACUAAGCACAUUAAUGUCUUCCAAACUGAGGGACAAUAACCCAAAUAUUGCCGACCUCAGCGACAAGUUUAGGCCUACCAAAAUUGGCGAGCAGUUCACUGAACUCUAUGACAAUGAAUGGACAGAUGCUUUCUCUGUGCUGGAACAACAAUAUACGGAAAAGCAGGGAAUAACCUUUCUCUUAGAUAUCAUUAUGGAAGCCUACGUAUUCUGCGAACAGGAACUCACUGCGUCUUGAAACUAUGUUAAAAAAAUCUUUCUAACCGAGGGCGAUACUGUGACAGCAAAGUGUUUGAAAGAUGCGCGAAAAAAGAAGAUUCUGGAUGACAUUGCUGAAAAGAAACGGGAAUUUUCAACUGAUCUGUCAACUCAUUACAAUGAAUACCCAUCGUUUGCCAACAACGACGCGAUCCAGAAAUAUAUAAUUAAAUGCGUACAGUUAUGUCUGCUCAUGAAUGCAAAUGACCCGCCAUUGGUUAUUGAAUGUUCAGGAUGGCAUUCGCAUAUUUUGACAUAAGGUCACACCCGAAUGCCAAUGGUCAAUGGCAAACCGACGUCAAGGAAAGCAUGGGUAGGAAUAGAAAUAGACGAACAGCCCAUGCCUAGACACGAUUUUGACAAGGC